AUAGGAGAUGAAAUAUGAAUAUCUACCAAUAUCUUGACCCGUUCCGAAUGAACAUGAUGCGUUCCUCCCUACAUUACAUACCAACCAAUAUGACCUACUGCAAUACAACCGGAGCUUCUCACCUUGCAGAAGAUGAGCGACUAAGAGCACUCCAGGGGCAUCUCAAGAAACUGUCCAAGCAUGGGGCUUCCUCCAUGGCUUGUCUUCUUGUUCGGUGUUCUUGUGCAGACUUCUGCAAUCUUGGCCGAUACGGAUUCGCGAGACUCUUCUGCCCUCAUUGCAAUUACUGAUAACUGGAAAAAUAAGCCAUCAAACUGGAAUGGCAAUGACCCGUGCAGAGACAAGUGGAUCGGGAUAAUUUGCACGGGGAACCGAGUCACUUCUGUAAGACUUUCAAGUAUUGGACUGUCAGGGACUCUUUCAGGGGACAUCCAGUCUUUGUCGGAACUCGUAUACUUGGACUUAUCCUACAACAAGGACUUGGGUGGUCCUCUACCUGCAACCAUUGGUUCCUUGAGUAACCUCCAAAACUUAAUUCUUGUUGGUUGCAGCUUCUCUGGUGAAAUACCAAAAGAAUUAGGACAGUUGUCGAAACUUAUAUUCUUAUCACUGAACUCCAAUAAGUUCUCUGGCUCCAUCCCGGCAUCACUAGGCAACCUCUCAAAGCUAUACUGGUUUGAUCUGGCAGACAAUAAGCUCACAGGAGAACUUCCCAUAUUCGACGGGACAAAUCCUGGGUUGGAUAAUCUAACAAAUACAAAACACUUCCACUUCGGGAUCAACCAGCUGUCAGGCCCCAUACCGAGCCAGAUUUUCUCCUCGCAUAUGAAGUUGAUACAUCUGCUUCUUGACAACAACAACUUUUCUGGAAGCAUUCCCCCAACAUUAGGACUUCUUAGCACACUAGAAGUUCUGCGUUUCGACAACAACCCCCAGCUGAGUGGGCCAGUUCCUAGCAAUAUCAACAACCUCACCAAGCUUGCAGAACUCCACCUAGAAAACAGCAAGUUGACUGGUCCACUACCAGAUCUUACAGGAAUGAGUUCACUCAGCUUUGUGGAUAUGAGCAACAACAGCUUCAAUGCAUCUGAUGUUCCUUCCUGGUUCACUACUUUGCCGUCUUUAACCUCAUUAUUCCUUGAAAAUCUGAAAAUUGGCGGCCAGCUACCACAAGCUCUCUUCAGCCUUCCUGCUGUUCAGACAUUGAGGCUCCGGGGCAACCGUUUCAACGGCACGCUAACUAUUGGGUCGGAUUUCAGUACUCAGCUCCAACUAAUCGAUCUUCGGGACAACCAGAUCUCAGCUAACACUGUUGGGGGAUCACAGUACAGCAAGACACUCAUACUUGUCGGAAACCCGAUCUGCGUGCCGGGUAGCAAUGAGAAAUACUGCGUGGAACCAGGGCAAUCUAAUCCGACGGCGGCUCCGUACUCUACUGCAAGGAACUGUUCGGCGUUACCAACCCCAUGCCUCUCAAACCAGCUCCUGAGCCCAUCGUGCAUCUGUGCCGUGCCAUACAGAGGCACCCUGUUCUUCAGAUCGCCAUCGUUCUCUGACUUGACCAGUCCCACGAACUUUGUCACGCUGGAGAAGGACAUGGAAACCAAGUUCGAGAAACUAAACGUCCCGGUGGACUCGAUCGCCAUCCACGACCCUUUCUUCGACUCGAACAACAACCUGCAGAUGAGCCUUGAGCUGUUCCCAAGUGGCAAGGUUCAGUUCAGCGAACAAGACAUUUCUGAUGUUGGGUUUAUACUGAGCAACCAGACAUACAAACCGCCCGGCACGUUCGGCCCGUACUAUUUCAAUGGGCAGCAGUACAGUUUUGCCAAUGACCUGGCAGUACCAUCGCAAUCGAAGAAGACGAACCGCCUACCGCUUAUAAUUGGAGCGUCGGCUGGCGGUGCGGUUCUUGCUGUAGCAGUCGUCGUCAUUGUUGUCUUCAUCGCCAGAAGGAAGAGAACACCCAAGGGGACUGAAGACAGGAGCCAGUCUUUUGUCUCCUGGGACAUGAAGAGCACCAGUGCCAGCACUGUCCCCCAGCUCCGCGGCGCGCGCAUGUUCAGCUUCGACGAGCUGAAGAAGAUCACCAACAACUUCUCGGAGGCGAACGACAUCGGGAACGGUGGCUACGGGAAGGUCUACAGAGGGACGCUGCCGAGUGGGCAGCUGGUGGCGGUGAAGAGGUCCCAGCAGGGUUCCCUGCAGGGGAGCCUGGAGUUCAGGACGGAGAUCGAGCUCCUCUCCCGCGUGCACCACAAGAACGUGGUCAGCCUCGUUGGCUUCUGCCUGGACCAGGACGAGCAGAUCCUCGUCUACGAGUACGUCCCCAACGGCACGCUCAAGGAGAGCCUGACGGGCAAGUCCGGCGUGCGCCUGGACUGGCGGCGGCGGCUCCGGGUGGUGCUCGGCGCCGCCAAGGGCGUCGCCUACCUCCACGAGCUCGCCGACCCGCCCAUCGUGCACCGCGACAUCAAGUCCAGCAACGUCCUCCUCGACGAGCGCCUCAACGCCAAGGUCUCCGACUUCGGCCUCUCCAAGCCCCUAGGCGAGGACGGCAGGGGCCAGGUCACCACCCAAGUCAAGGGCACAAUGGGUUACCUGGAUCCUGAGUACUACAUGACGCAGCAGCUGACGGAGAAGAGCGACGUGUACAGCUUCGGCGUGCUGAUGCUGGAGGUGGUGACGGCGAGGAAGCCGCUGGAGCGCGGCCGGUACAUCGUCCGGGAGGUGAAGGCGGCGGUGGACCGGAGCAAGGACCUGUACGGCCUGCACGAGCUGCUGGACCCGGCGCUGGGCGCGGCGCCGUCGGCGCUCGCCGGGCUGGAGCAGUACGUCGACCUGGCGCUGCGCUGCGUCGAGGAGGCCGGCGCCGACCGGCCGUCCAUGGGCGAGGUGGUCAGCGAGAUCGAGCGGAUGGUGAAGAUGGCCGGCGGCCCGGGGCCCGAGUCGGCGUCCGAGUCCAUGAGCUACGCCAGCCGGACGCCGCGCCACCCCUACGGCGGCGACAGCUCCUUCGACUACAGCGGCGGCGGGAUGCCGUCGACGAGGGUGGAGCCCAAAUGAAGCGCGCCGAGAACACGCAUAGCUGUUGAAUUGAUGUACAGGGUACUUAUUAGUUACAAUGCUGUGUAAAAUUAUACGUGUGCCUUUGGAUUAAAAACUGAUUGUUUGCUUAGGAGAUUGCUAACUUGAUACGUAGCAAUUUCAGGUUUGUUAUACAGAAAAAUUGAACAGAAGUAAGCAAAUACGUACAGAAAUGAUCUUGUCCUUGUUUGAUUGA